CAGUGGGUGGAGAGAAGUGAAUCGUAGAGGUUACCUGGCGACGAGGUGUUCAGUAGCCUGUGCACACCUGCAGGAAAGAGCGUCUAGCGUCUUUAUCUCCCAACCUCCUCCGCUUACUUGACGAGUGUUCCAAGGGACGAACAUCUCCACAUCCUACCACAAGAUACGAGAAAACUUGCCUUAGUGGCAAAACGUUGGCUGAACGCUCCGAAGUAUUGCCACUCACUUUCCUCUCUCCCAUGACGCCACCCUUGAUGGAGGGAGGCUGAGUUGGCAUAUCAAACGGGCUUUAUGAAGUGUUGGUCAGACCGCUUGCAACUUGGCAAUACAUUUACAAUGUUAAUGUGAAUCACUCUAAAAAUAACAGUUUUCAUGACACCCAUGGAAAAAUGUAGUUGUGUGGCAUUGACGUUAAUUUCAGUGAAGCGCCAAGAUUUGGUAGGGCGAAAUAAACAUGUUAUUAGGAAAGAGUGACUAAAGUUCUGCAGUGCUGACGAACGAAAGGCAAUGUCAAUGAUGGGCAAGACGUUGGGGUGGUGGGUGGUUCGUAAGGCCUUGCUACUAGUGGGGAUCCUGGUUGCAGUAAUGUUGGCUGCCGGGGUGUGGCGGGACCUUCAAACAACAGUCAGAGUCCACGCCCCGUCGCCCCUCAACGUCAGCCCACUAUACCCUUCACACAUGACACUUCUCGACCUGCCGCAGUUCUCUUAUGUGAUCAACAACGACGUGUGCAGCACGAGUGACGUGUUCCUGGUUAUCAUCGUCCACACUCACCCUGCGAGGCGAGAGGAGAGAGACGUGGUCCGGAAAAGCAUGCCCUCCCAGGACUUGCAGGAAUUGGGUAUACGCAGGGUGUUCCUCCUGGCCCGCGCCGAGUGGGAAGACCAGCCGCAUUAUAGCAAGACACCGCAGUGGAGCAUCGAGGAAGAGAAUCUGGAGCAUCGCGACAUUGUGCAGGGCAAUUUCAAGGAGCAUUAUCAUAACCUCACAUACAAGCACGUCAUGGGGCUGCAGUGGACAGCCCGCUACUGCCCGCAAGCCAAGUUCGUUAUCAAGAUGGACGGAGACAUUGCCGCAGAUAUAUACCAGUUCCGUGACAGGCUGAAGAGCAGAUAUGCGGAGCGGCGCAACCUGAUCGUGGGACUACUUCAAGUGGAGGCCCGUCCAGUGCGGGAUAAAGCCAGUAAGUGGUACGUCAGUGAAACAGACUACCCGAACAAGUUCUACGCACCCUUCAUCUCUGGUUGGGCAUACGCCAUCACCGCUGAUGCUGUUCGUGCCGUGGUCCAGGAGUCAUCGAAGUGGCCCUACUUCUGGAUCGACGAUGUGCACGUAACAGGAACGCUAGCUGAACGGGCAAGCGUUAAGCGAGAGGGCAUCAACGGACUCAUCACCGUCCAUUCAGAUCAUCUACACUGUUGCCUUGAUCUCCCAGGCAGCGCUGACCACUACUGUGACUACCUGGCUGGCCCGAGCGAGGGUGAUCUCGACUUGCUGGGGCGGGUGCUCAGUCAUGCCAGGGCCUGCUACAUUGACCCCUGCCAGCGUCGCGCGCCCAAUGUCAGCGUGGCCAAAACAUGUGUGCGCGCUAAGGCCCCUGCUGGACCACGACCCCUCCCGGGCAAGGGACACGGGGAAAUAAAGCGAGUCUACAAAUGAUGAAAUGCACCCACUUAAUAAACGAUCUCCAUUUAUAAAACAACUGUUAGCACUUAUAAAGACUUUUUUAUAGUCUUAGUGGAUAAAAGACAGUCGGUUGCAUAUUAUACACAACCUAUUAUGCUUACUGGCAUUGUUUACAAAUUUAAACCUUCUCUCAGGUUCAAUUUGUCUUUUUGCAGUGGAACCUUUUAAAUGAUGUCCUGCCAUGUGAUGCCAAAUAAAUCUUGUACAACUA